UCUCUCUCUAAGUCGACCGUUUUCCUCCCUACAAAAGAGCCUCUCCCCUCGGGAACGUCUUUCUCUAGAAGCGAAAGACUCGCAAGUAACCUCCAUUCCCGAGCAGGGGACAGGCAGAAGAAGAAGAAGAAGAAGAAGAGGAGGAGGAGGUGGCUCGUCAUGUUCCAUUCACUGAGCCUCUCGACGAAGGGACCUCUGGGCUCGGUCUGGGUCGCUGCCUAUUGCUACAAGCGCCUCAAGAAGGCGCAGGUCGCCGAGACCGACAUUCCCAUCUCCGUCGAUAAGAUUUUGCAGGAUGAAUUAAAUGUCGUCACGUAUAGAGUGUCAGGCUACUUUCUUCUCGGGGUUGUGAGGAUAUACUCGAAGAAGGUGGAGUAUUUGUUUGACGACUGCCAUAAGGUGCUUAUCAAAGUGAAGGAAUUUGUGGUAAGCGAGAAUGAAAAACAUGACUCAUGUGCCGAUAUACUGGGUGCUCCUCGUACCUUGAUCAGUCUCCCAAAGAGAUUCGAACUCGAUGCUUUUGAUCUGGAGAUCGUUGAAGAUGUUAUUGGUGGUAAUCUGGUGCUGCCGGAAGAGAUCACCCUUCGAGAUGAUAUGUGGAGAAAUAAGGAAAUAGCCCAGUCCUCUCUAAAGAAGCAUCAUCGGGAAGAAGGAACUGGUCAUUAUGACACUUCCUCCUCUGACAAUGCCACAGUGAAAGGAAUGGGCACAUCAGAUAAUCAGAAUUACACCAGCGUGGAGAGGCUUCGAGAUGAUAGAUUUGAAGAAGAAUGUCCAGGUUCUCUCACUUUUCUCGGCAUUGGAGGAAGUUCUUUAGAUCCUGAUUGGUGGUUUGGUGAAGAUAAUCAAGCUGAUGAGCAGCAGAUGAGCCAUGCAGAGGUGUCACCAGCCAGUGGUGAGAAGCUUCAGGAUGAUAUAGAUCUUCAGAAACCAAAGAAAAAUUCUGUGACAGAUGGGACUGGCUUGGAACCUUUGGCACUAAUUGACACAGUUGUGGAGGAGCCUUUUUCCCAUCCACAGAUACUCAAGCUUCCUGAACCGCUGUUAACUGAAACCGGAGAGCAUGAGGUUCUCAAAACACCAGAAAAGCAAGAUGUUCAAGGUGCUCCCACACCUGAUUUCAUGCUUAUUCCUACACCAACCCCCAAGGAGCGGCCGCGGACAAAGAGGAAACGGAAGUGCCUAUGUGAUGAUCUAAUUGUGCUGCCUAAUGCGGUCAUCAGGAAAAGCAUUUGUGAUGCAAGCGAUUUGGUGUGCAAACGAAGGAAGGUUCCUCACAAGGCUUAUGCUGUGUGGAAAGCCACCAGAUUAUCCAAUGCGACCGUUAGGUUCUUUGAGCCCCUCCUUCCUUCAGGUAUUUCGGCAGACCUCAGAAAUCUCUUUCUUAGGAAAGAUGUUGAAUUUUUGAUACCUCAGGAAGCUGCUGUAGUUUGUGAAAAGGGCGAUGGACCAGAGACGUUGGUAUCUCAGGAAGCUGUGGGAGUUUGUCAAGAGGGCAAGUUACUAGAAGUUUGUACUGAUGAUAACAUGGUUGAGUUGGGAAUAGCCCCAGAAACACCCGUCCGAAGCUCAUCAUCAAGGAGACCCUUUGAAAGCCCAAAUGUUAGUAGUCCAGAUGGAACGAAGCCCGAAAAAUCCUAUGAAAUUGCAAGUUUGGGUCAAGACCUGCCCAUGGUUGAGGAUCAAGACCUUGGUUUUAGUCUUGUGAAUGAGGAAAUGAGCUCAUCUGCAGGACAUAACCACGAUGAAUGUGGAUGGACGGGGAGAACAAGAAUUGUGGCAAGACACUUGCAAAGGUUAUCCCAUAAACAAAGAAAAGGGGGAGAGGAAGAUGUGCUUCGCUUGUCGCAGGUUUCACGGGGGAAAACAAAAAAGGAAAGUGCAAGGCUCUUCUAUGAAAUACUGGUGCUGAAAAGCAAGGGUUACAUCGAAGUAGAGCAAGAGGAGGCUCAUGGCGACAUUCUCAUGAGGCGGCUUCCCAAAUGGGAACAAGCUUUUGGAGCCAAUGGCCCAUGAGUAAGAUUGGAGGGUACCUCAAGAUUAAACUUUUGGGCGGGAUCGGAUCAAUGCACAUAAACUUUUGAGCUCUCUUCACAGUGUACAGUCAGAUCGCAGGUUAGGUUCAGGAUUUUAGUUUAGCAGUGAAUCUGUAGAUAAAAGUUAGACCAGUUUUCAUCCAAGUACAUGAAAUUUCGAGUUGGUUUAGCCCGAGCAGUUCCAAGAAUCGCAUCGCCGAGGCUGUCGUCGGGUCAUGCCUCGCAUUGCAGUGGAUAUUCUGUUCUUGCUUGAUUAUUCGAUCAAAAGCCAUUUGUGUAUUAUUUGCAUUGCUACAGGAUUUGGCAGGGACUAUAUGAAUGAGGAGACCUCAUCCAAUGAA